CUGACGCAAGAGAAUUGGUAUAUAAAGACACUGAGACGUUUAUCCAGCAUCAAUCCGGAGUAUCCUCAGUGAUUGCAAGCAGACACGUGAAAGAAUAGACAAGAUGAAAGUAGCGACGUGCAUCUUCAUAUUGCUAGCCGCAAUUUGUGCAGUAUUUGCAUACAGAUCACCUGUACAAAGACCAGGACCUGCUACGUUUCCUACUUUCCCCGGCCAAGGAACGUUCAAUCCAAAAGUCGGUUGGCCAUACCCGUUGCCAAACCCCCGCUAUUAACCGUCAAACCAAUAAGCAACGAUGGGAUCGAAUUCAACGAAUUACCGACUGCGUGAAGCACUAAUAAUGUAAUAAAUUUA